GGCGAUUAGAACUGUUAAUUCUUUAAAAUUGUGCUUUUUUUUCACACUUCGGUACUAAUAGAGUUUCAUAGAGGCUCCCGGAGUUAGGUUUUGGAGGAGGAGGCAGAAUAAAAACAACAACAGAAGACGGUAAAGAGAAAUGUCCUACCAUUCGUCCUCUCGGAGCUCGUCUCGGGCCGCCGACUGUAAAGUGUAUGUCGGUGACCUCGGUAAUGGCGCUGCUAAGGGCGAGCUGGAGCGAGCAUUCGGUUAUUAUGGCCCGCUGAGGACCGUGUGGGUGGCCAGGAAUCCACCAGGCUUUGCCUUUGUGGAGUUUGAAGAUCCCAGAGAUGCAGAGGAUGCUGUCAAAGGCAUGGAUGGAAAGAUCCUGUGUGGUUCCCGUGUUCGUGUGGAGAUGUCCACUGGCCUCUCCAGGAAGGGCCGCGGACGCCCCAGCCGCCGCCAGUUUGACCCCAAUGAUCGGUGUUACCAGUGUGGGGACCGGGGCCACUACGCCUACGACUGCUACCGCUACAGCAAGAGGGGCCGGCGCAGCAGCAGGUCUCGUUCUCGGUCCAGGUCCCGCUCCAGGUCCAGAUCCCGUGGCCGACGUUAUCAGUCUCGCUCCCGCAGCCGUAGCCGUAGCCGAAGCUACAGUCGGAGCCGCCGUAGAUCUCCAUCGUAUUCCAGACGCAGAAGCCGAUCUGGGUCCCCAGCACGGUCCAAGUCCAGGACUUCGGUGAGAAGCCACUCUAGGUCUCGGUCCCGGUCGGGCUCUGCCCCCAGGGGGCGCUCUGUGUCCCGUUCCCGAUCACCAUCUGCUAACCACAAGAGGGCCAGCGUGUGGUGGGAGCUGAGCACUGCACAGACACCGCCGCUGAUCCCAGGCCCAGGGUCUGCCAGCUGGCGGUGUGCACGUCCUGCGGGAGGUUGACUAAGCGCUGACCUGAGAUCAGCCUUCGCCUGCAUCUGAUGUUAGACAGCGAGAAAGAGGUCGACCUACCGACCGAACCCUCCCCCUCAGUGAACGGAUGACUGUCUGUUCAACCGACGCACACGCUCAGACGAGAUCAGCCCGCACACACAUACAGUUGUUCUACUAGACUCACCCAGCCAGCCUUCAGAUCUACCAGAGGGCUGACCCGCACAGAUCAGAGUUCGGCCUUAAAAAUCCAUUACCUACUACCAACCAGACCCCCCCUACCUACCAGAGUUCUUCGCCUCUGUCUUAGCUUCUGAAAGUGAGAGAAAGAGCUGACGAGAGAUCAGUCUUCAAGAGCCUCCAGUGUCUCUCCGAGUUGUAGUCCUCCGUCCUUCAGUCCUUUGAUCCUUCGCUUCUCUGUACUUGUUGUUUCUGCCGCUGUCUCCAAAGGUAACCAAAAAUCAACCCCCCUGACAAGCUCAUGUUCAUGGUGACAGAAAUGUUCAGGCUUGCUAGAGUUGAGCCUUAAACAAGCAUGCUGAGAGUGCGACUGAAUGUGGGAGUGACUGGAUGGGUGAACGUGUGCGA